AUGAACCCCCAACGUUUCUUGCAAGUCAGCACCAAUGAUGAUGCUGCAUCACCACCAGCAUUGAUCACACCCCAUGAUGAAGGCCAUUCAAAGAUCAUCAAGGAGAGAUUUGUGUCAUCACUACGAGACAGCAUCAACUCUCGCAAGGCAAGAAACACCCCCCUCUAUACAUUUCUUCUUGACGGCAAUCGUACCAUGAAAAAAGGAUGGCUCCGCACAGGGCUUGUCGAUUCCGAGACUUCUUCUCGCUUGUCAAUUCGACCUCAGGAACAGAGAAUCUUGAUGUUCAUAUUCAUUGGUUUGUCUGGAACUGGGCCAGAUGUUGAUGCGAGCACCACCAAAGAGAAGAAUCCUGAUGCCACGCCUAUUGCAUUGCUUAGCAAUGCUUGGGGGUUUUCAAAACCGAGCAUCCGCAAAGCUUGCACUGAGUCAAUUGACAACAAUUUCCUUGAUCUUCUCCUAGAGAAGGAUGCCGGAGAAAGGAAGAAGAGAUCCAAAAGUGGCAUCUCGACGCCACAAGCAAAAGGUGACGGAAGAACUGACGAGAGCUUUCUUUCUCCAGAGGAAGUCGCAGCCCGUGAAGCCAAACGCCGCGACAUGAGAACAACUCCAACUCUUUUGUCCGGAAUGGAAAACAUGGGAUUGGAAUCACCCAAAACUCCCAAAACUCCCAGAGUUUCGAGGUUCUUUGCUCGCACUCGUCUUGACUUUGGAGCAACGCCUCUCAUUGAAGAAAAUGAGGAUUCAUCUGUGGAGUAUGGAUUUGCCACGCAAGUAGAUGUUGCCACCCAAACCGAAAUGAAGUCGAGGUUGCAUGCUGAAAUAAAAAACAACUGUAUCAGUCGAGAUGGAGAAGAAGAGAUUUGCCGAGCUCUCUACGUCCUCUUUCGCAACAAAGCAGUCCCGAUAAGCCGGACGUCGACAACAGAUGAGAAUGAAGUCUUGACAAUUCGGCAGUUCCGCCAAGGUUCUGCUAUGAAGGUUCUUCGAAUCAAAGAAAUCCGACAUUCUAGCAAGGGAGAUGAACGCGGACGAAGGACUAAGCGCAAGGCCCAAUUGGUGGAGACGUUGCUUGCCAAUUUGGAUGUGUCUCAAGGUGAAGUGCUUGCUAUUCUGAAGAUCAUCGGAACCAAUCAUUCCUUCCAAGUGUAUGCGAAUGAUGACGCCUGCAAUCUGAGUAUCCAACAGUGCGCAGCGUUGAUGCAAUAUCUACCCGUCACAGCUCGCGGAUUGGAACGUCUUUCAAGAUUCUUCAAGACCACACUACCCAACUUUGGAGAGCAGCUCUUCCCGAAAAUGCUUCGGAAGAGGAUUGCAGCAUACGCAAUGGACUCUUUCAAUCUAAAGCUUGGCUUUGAGCUUGUUGCCCUGGAGAUUGGUGGCGAGAAGCGGAAUCAGCGCUGUUUGCAUGCUUGGGUUAAGGAACCUGCUGUUGUUGUUGAAUCGCUCGCGCAGAGUGCUAUCAUUGCUGGACGAUUCGAAGAUUCGUCGGCAUUCUGCAAGCACAAGAAUGAGCUCAUUGUGAUCCAAGGGUCCGACAGAGGUGGUGACAUCACUCUUUGCUUGGUCCGUGUUGCUAAUAGAGCAGGUGGGAAUGCUCCUCAGUAUUGCGUCCCUUUGGCAUUUUAUGAGCACGGCAAAGAGAGUUACAACAACCUUCGUCAGACGAUUUUUAAUCAUACCAAGCCAACAAAGCAUUUCCUUCAGAAGAUGCUGGACGGAUUCUUGCAAAUGAUUGUGGUUGAAACAGAGCACGACAACGUGUUGGAUGCUCAGUGCCGCAUUAUCGAAUGCAACACAACUCUUCGUUUGGAUCGACUUGCUGACAGCAACACGCUUCGAUUAGAGUCUCUCGAAAGUGAGUUGCCCGCUAUUGUUUCAAUCUUCAAUGAGGAAGAGGCAUCGCGACCGGACAACAACAGAAACAAACAAUUCAUACAGUUGGUUGGAGAGGAUGAAAAUGAGGAGACAGAAUACGUUGGCUUCGUUCUCACAAACUGUUUUGGUCGCGACAUCCUGCAUGCGAGAUUCCAAGAGUCACUCCACUGCCAGUCAACAAGUCUUGUGCAAAUCAAGUGUCUUCAAAUAAGAUGCAUCACUGCGGAUGAUAUCAAGUGCAACACGGCUGUAAUGGGGCAAGGCACAGCAAGCGUCAUGUGUCCUUGUACAAUGUGUAUUUGCAAGAAGAAGGAUUUCGGUCGCUAUCUUACUCUCCCAUCAAGCGAGCAGCCUCCACUCCGAAGAGACGACUACGCAAAUCCUGCUUUGUUUGACGCGUUUAUUGAAGAUGCGGGUGGUAGAGCUGAUUGGGUGAGAGCAACCUCAACAGGACAAGCCAAAACGUUGAAAUUAAAGUAUCAUAGUGUGGUCCAUUCGCCGUUACUCAACACUCCUCCCGACCGAAACUCUGGAUCUGGGAUGCAUGUGUCUAGUGGUCUCCUCACGCACUGCACAAUGAGAAUGUUAGACGUGUUGGGUAGGGUUGAUAGAGAGCUUCCAUGGUUGGAGCGAAUGAAAUGUUUGCUCGACGAAGCUAAAAGCUUUGUCCCAGACGCAACUAGACAAGCUGACAAUCUUCGAAAGAAAGACACAAGGCUACAAAGAGGCGCCACAACAGCAAUGCGAUUAUCGAUGAGCCAUGAGAUUGCGUCCAUCAAGGAAGAGCGCUGUCGUAUUCGGAGAGACUUGUUGGCUCUCACCAAAGGAAUCGAGUCUGCCAAGCUUUUUCUUGAAAAAGGAAAGGAUUUCCUCGACGGCGUUGCCAAGAAAACAAAAAGUCGAAUAAUUGGCCCUGCUACCUACUGCUUUCGAAAGUCCUAUGAGGUGGAUGGAAGAGUCUCCUUCCGAAUUGAAAACAGUGGCUUCGAGUUGUCGAAUGGCGAUGGACUUCGAGUCCUUGAACGCCGAGACCUCAUUUCAAAGAGAAUGAGUCAGCUCUUUAGCGACAACUCGCAGCUCCGAUCUAUGGUAAUGCAAGCAAUGGAGUCAUACUGUGGUCUGACCGAACUGCUUUACAAGAUAUCUACAAUGCUGAAAUCCCAAAGCAAAUGGUCUAAUGAGGAGGCAACAAGGUUUGAGAGCAUUAUUCGACAAUACGCGCAACGAUGGUUGGCAUUCAAAAGCGAUGAUGAAAAUGGAGAGGAGACAAACGUAUUCAACAAACUCCAUGUUCUGCACUCUCACCUGUCAGCUUUUGCAUUGGAUAACUUGAUGGUAGGACGGUGCUCCGAGGAGGGAUUUGAAUCAGCCCACAAGUGCAUUGAAUCGAUUCGGCAACCAUUGGUUUGCAUGACAAGUACGGAAGCAAGAGCAUACACGAUCUUUCGAAGGAUUAUGCUCCAGUGUCGACCGGAAGUAGAAGCAGUGCAAGCAAUGAUAGAUGAGCGAUUCAAGGGCAAGAAGACGGCCCCGUACAAGAAGACGAAGAAAGCACUCAAAUCGGCGGACAAUGCGUCAGCAGCAACCGAUCGAAAUUCCCAGACACUCCCAGAGGGAUACACGCACUCAAUGAAUGGCUAUGUAAUUCUGGAAGGGUGGAAAGAUCACUUCGAAUAUGUGUGCUUCAGCAAAGUCCCACCAUCCUGGUCUGAUCCAUGCAUUUGUCACGGACGAGAAUAUUGGUGGUGUCUACCAGGCAAAAGCAGAAUAUGUUUGAUACUAUUUUAA